CGGACGCCGCCGGAGAACAGGAAGAGAGAUCGGCGGCUCUUCAGUCUGCACGCGGCGUCGCGACGCUACCCGAACCGCGUGCAUAUCGCGCUCUUGUGGUGCUUGUCAUCGGUUUCUCGCGAAGUUCAAUGAAAUCCUCGAUUUUUCCUCAAUAUCCUGCGAAUAUCGAUCCGAGGAGUGAUCUGCUUCGAUUAUCGAAUGAUCGAGGGCUCGAAGAUGGAAGUGCGGCAUCGCGAUCCUUGAAUCGGCGGGCCAACCUUGGGAGGCGAGCAGAUAUAACAAACUCGGAAGAGUUGUAAAAGCGAAGAGGGAAAUAAAUAUAGAAGAGAUUCAAAAAGAUACAGCCUUACCUUGCAUCAAUCCACUUUCGAUUCCUGAUAGGAAGGUCAAGAAACUCAAUGUUACGACAGCUCGUAAUUUCUCAACGGAUUGAUUGCUCCAGUUAAGUCCAAGCACUUCAGUAUCGCGUAUCUCGAGAAUCUCUUGUCAAUAAGGUAGAAAGCCUCAGCUUGUCGAACAUGGGAAGUCGCAAUGCCUCUGGGAACAAACCGCAACGUAGAAGCACGGAGCGACGACGUCAACGCGACUGAUCAUCCCCGUUUUAAGGGCGAGUGAUCUCUCCGUGUCGAUCGUCCUGUGUUGUCCUGGCGCGACGUGACAGUCUGAAAGACAUCGCGUCAUGACGUCGUACGGAAGAGGACACGUCUACGAGGACGAAGGAAACUUGACCUGAAAGAAGGUCGUAUAGGAGGAUAAGCGCGGAAUCGGUUAUUGCCGCAAGAGCGACAAUGUCAACGCUCGCCACGGACACGUCGCUGCCGUCCACCGCCGUCGUCGAAGAACUGACGACCGCCCUCAUACCCACCGUCACCAGGAUAGACACGCGACUGGAUGUCAGCCCCAUCUCGGUGGUUCUAGCAGUUUCCAUAGUGUGUAUUCUGUCACCUAUCACUGUCACCGGCAAUUCCAUCAUCCUGGCCGCCUUCUACAAGUACAAGAGACUCCGGACCGCCUCCAACUGCCUACUAGUCUCCUUGGCCAUUAGCGAUUUCGGGGUUGGUGUGUUUAUGCCCUUCGGAAUGCAACUGGAGCUCUCUGGUCUACCGGAAAACGGCGUUUCCGCCCUCUGCAUCGUGCCGUACUGCAUCAUAAUCGCGCUCUGCAGCGUAAGCGUUCUGGUGACGGUGGCAAUCGCGGUUGAUCGUUUGACUUCACUGGCGCAACCGCUGCGAUAUAAGAAUAUCAUCACCCACAGUAGCAUAGAGAAGUAUAUCGCGGUCUUUUGGAUAUACGCUAUCGCCAUCGGCCUUUCGCCCCUCAUCUACGCUCAAAUCACCGGAAAGAUGCAGUUGCAUGGCGGAAGCUGCAGGUUCGACGCGGCCGUCCUACCACCGGUCAGGGUGUUUCUGUUCGUGGCAGUCUGGGCACCGAGCGCCCUAGUCCUGCUGAGCUGCUACAUGUACGUCUAUCUCGUCGCACGUUCACACGCACGCGCGAUUUACACGGUGGAAUUAUCGUUCAGACAUCAAACGCAAACCUUGGCGCUGCCUCGUUACGGACAAACGCUGGCGGUUACGGUCGGCGCGUUUCUCAUCCUGUGGCUUCCAUUUCAAACUUGCAUGCUAGUAGACAUCUUUUGUGGCACCAAUAUCCUGUCAGAAUGGUCGGUGGUAUGGCUGGGUCUGCCGAUUCUGGCGCACAGCGGCGCGAAUCCAUGGAUCUACGCAUUUCAUCAUGGUGAAAUGCGCGUCGCCGCGGGAAAGAUUGCUGAGGAUCUGGUCGCUUUGUUCGGAGUGAUGCCGAGCCGAUACAGUUGCUCGCCCAUGAGACGCGGCACCAAUACGAACCUCGAGCUAGCCGAGGUAAACAACGAUAGCAACGAGAGCAGACGGCAUCCGUCCGUGGAGGAUUGCUUCGCCACCGCCAAGCCGCAUAACAUAUUUUACGCCAGCAGAAAAUCUGCUUUGGAAACGUCGGGCAGGCAGACCGAUAUCUCGCUCGAGAAACACGACCACAUCGAUCACGUCGCGUCGUGCAGCAGCCGACCGGCCGAUAUAAUCGAGGAGAACAUCCACGAUCUGACGAAGAUGCUCGAUCCGAAGUACAUCAUCGAUCGGAACCACGUAAUCGACUCUAAUCAUAACAUCGACAAGAUCAAGAAUAUCAAGUAUAUGCUGGAUCCGACCUUCAACAAGAUCAGACAUCUUCGAAGAUUGAAUCACAAGCGACUGAGCGGCAAGGGUUUCCCCAUCAUCUCCGAGACCAAGUUCAUAUCUUACCAGAACCUGAAGAGCGACGGGGCGCACGCAAGUCGCAAGUUUCUUCCGCUGAACGCGUUGUCGGAUCCGAUGUUGAACGGCUCGAACACUUCCGUGGUGGACACGAAGGACUUCAACGAAGCGCUCCGCUGCAACAACGUCGUUCCUCAGAGACGGAACUCGAAUUUGUCGUCCAUGUCGGAUUCCAAUCUCAAGGCCACGGCGCACACUUCCGGGACGGGUAUAAAACCCUUCCCAGUAAGCGGCAACAGCACGGAGAAUCGCGGCUGCUCGGUACAAAAUCUCAAUCACGGAUACGAGGCCGCGUUAGCGAGACACGCGAUGAUGCUCUGUCAACAACUGGAGGAACAACGGAAAGCUACCAGCAAAGUCAUCUCGCAUCCACGACCCAAAUUUCGCGGCUACUUCGGGCGCGGAAGUCCGAACUUGAAGCUCAGGCUGCGAAGUAAUUCCUCCGUAUCGUCGACCUCGACGUCCAACAGCUUCAGACCGGAAUCCGACGCAAAUACACCUAGACGAAGCGUCUCGCCGAACAUCCCGCAUGUGACCAUCACGUCGAACAAACUGGCUAAUCUCAUUAACCUGGAUCCACCGUCGAGAAACGCGCACACUCAUAGAAUAGAUCUUACUGCCAGCACCGUGACCCAAACUCGGAGAACUCUGGACGUGCUGAGGCACUCUGAGUCGAUUAAUACGAUCGAUCCGUACUCGACGCGUUGUGUAACUCUGCUGGAGCCUUCCAACUUGAUGGACUCCUUGAUCGUCCCGACGAUACACUCGGAACCGCCGAGUCCUAUCGAUCCUCUCCCCUUGGCGUCCUUUCAAGACAAGGAAGCGCAGAGUCUCAAGAUGCCAGGACCCGCCGUGAACGUCAACGUCGCACAACGCGCUAAGUCACCUCUAGGUAAGAAAUGCAGUCCUGUUAGGCAUUCAGAUCCAGUGAUCCCGACCGUGCUGCUGAACAUCGAGGACUACAGCGAGCCGUCCGAACAAAACGAUCAUAAUGAAACGACGGAUAAAGGGAACGAUCUUCUCUCGAGUAACACGCCAAUCUUGGAACCGAUCGAUCUGUUUGAAGCGCUGCUGAAGAACUCGGACAAGGGCAAGGACGCGAGAUUACCGGAGCCGAUCUUCGCCGAGCACGACUCUACGCGAUUCAGCUCGAGACGACCGUCCGAUUCAAAGUGGUCCGAGUCCUCGAGGAGUCAGGAGAUCCUGCCAAGCGUGACGGAGCACCAAACCUUCCCGUCGUCCUACUCGGUUAACGACUUUCAGAUCUGCAACAGCGGCAGCGACCUCAACGACCUCACGUCCCUAGAUCCGUUCAUGUGUCCCGACGCUCUAUCGUCGUCCCUACGCGAAUCCUUCUUCAGCGCUCCGUCCGUACCCGACUCGGACAUCUUCACGUCCUUCGAAGAGAGCGACGGACCGGUCUUCACGCCCGAUUUCACCCCCGAUUUUGAGCGUGAUCCGUCGUCCGCGUACAAUUCCAUGUCGACGGUGAAUCUGAAGAGAUGCGUUAUCGAAGCGACGUUUCAAAGCAGAUCUACCGAAUCGGUGCACCGAGUUAGAUAUCCGUCGACGCGAUCCUGCGCGAUUCUAAGACUGGAACCAGCCACGCAUUCGAAUAAAUUACGCGUCAGACCCUGCACAAAUUACGUCCUAAAGAGUCCGCCGAUCAAGAGGAAUCCACAAUUAGCACCCCUCGCUAUCCCUACACCCACCGACAUCUGCACCCCUACGUUCGACGUCGUGUCGGAAAUCAAGAGCGACAAUGGUGUCGGUGUCAGAGUUUGAAGCGAGAGUGUGUAGUGUAAACGGGAAACGUGGAAAUUUUUCUGUAUUACAGAAUAUUCCGUACAAAUACUCGCUAGUCCACAGAACUUUAUUCUCUCGAAGAAAUUUAAACAUUGCAAAUAAAAUUCAAAGGCCUCUAUUGGUCGUGUAUGUGUCAUCUAGUAAUUCGUAUAACGUUAAUUUUUCAUUACAAAAUAUAUAUUAAGUUAUUAAAAUAUAUAUUUAGAAGAGAGAGAGAGAAAGAUGAAAUAUUUUCAAUGAUUAAGUCUGACAUUAUUAACAUUUCUAUAUCGAACCCAGUGUUCACUUUAGAUUAUUUAGCAUACAAGUCUUUUAUUUAUACUUUUUCUAUCACGCUUAUAAUCCUUCAAUAUAUUCCUCCAUUUCUCAUCUUUACAUUUUCAAUUUCAUCUGAGAAAUUUCAUCGAUCAAAUUUUUGCAAUUAAUUCUUGAAAAAAAUUGGUGUUCUCGAUUUAAAAAAAAAACAUUUUAAUCAAGUACAAUUUUAGUUAUAAGAAACGCGGUGUUAUAUGUGAAAAUCACGGAUAUUACAUUGUAAUAAAUUACAACAAACAUAUUUAAAGUUGGACAGAUAAUGUGAUGUCUUUCUAUAUAAUCUGUAAUUGAUACACGAACAAGAAAAAAAAACGGAAGAAAAAGAAAGAAAAAGACACACUAUAAUAUCGCUGUUUCGAUGGUUGUUCAAAUUAAUAAACAUAUUCGAUGUGUAAGGAAGCGAUAUCAGGGAUUUAUCGCGAUGUUCCGACAAAUCCGAAUGGCUGUUUUACGUCGGAAUUAACACGAUAUUUAACAAUAAAUUUAAUAAACGAUUCGUUUGUCGACCUAUCUGACCGAAUCGUUAUGCGUAAAUAAUGUUCAUCUCAAAAUGUGAAUUAAUAUUUGUCGUAUUGAGAGAGAUAGGAGGAGAUUCUCUGUGCGGUCCAAGCAUUGCCUGCGACGUAUAUCGUAACGUGUAAAUAUAUAUACGCGCGAUUGCGUAUAUAUAUUUUGCGUAUAUAUAUUUUGUAUUCUGCUGAAUCGAUCCGCGAAUUAAAUGGUUAUUCAGAGAAAUUCUGUAAAUCACAGACUCGCGGGCCAAGCGAACUGUAUCGAAUUCGAAAGUUUCGCAGAAGUCAAGAGUUAAGCUUGUAACAUGUUAUCGUUUGUGUACCUGAUGAAGAUGAUAUAAUUGUUGAUUAAGGAAGAUCGUAAAUAUAUAUAUAUAUAUAUAUAUAUAUAUAUAUAUAUAUUGGAGAAUAUUUAUCAGAAUAUAAGUAAGAAGACGCAAAACUCGUUAAAAUCUAACACGGAUAAUAAUAUGUAUUGAUGUUUUGCGAAGUCGACAAGUCGCAAAUAUUUUCGUUUGAUUUCGUCCUAUUUUUACGUAGAUGUGUUUUUUCUGAUAUAUGGCUUAUAGACAAUCUUAAUAUUCACUGCGUUUUUCUAUCAGAAAAAUAAUAUGGAAAUUUAAUUUGCUUAUGUGUAGAAACAUAUUUUUUCAAAUCGCGAUUGAAGUAAUACUUUUUUCACCAAAAAAAUAUUAAUAUAAUAUAUUAUAUUAUUGUAUUUUAUAUAUAUUAAACAAAAACGCGCAAGACAAAAAUUAACGAAAAGACGAAAGAAAAGACAAUUAUACAUGAUUAUAGUUGGAAAGAAGGACCAAAAGAGUAAAGCAGAAGUAUAAAUUUCGAAGAACAACCAAUAGCAUUAGACGCACUGUCAUUUUCUACGGGAUAUAGUAAUCAAAAUUACCAUGUGUAUUAUUUUGUUUAUAAUGUUUCAUUACACAUUGUGCACAUCUAUAUUGACAUUUCGAUUUUUCCACGAGCGUCUCAUAAAAAUCUCUAACUUUUGUAUUACGUCGCUGUUAAAAAUCGCUUUUGCUAUCUCGAAUGAUUAGAAAUAUAUCUAAGGGAGAAUAUGUAAAAGAAAUCGCGUCGCAAUCCUCAUAACUGUAUGCCAAUUAAAUACUAAAGUACUUUUAUACAUAAGAUGAGAGAGAGAGAGAGAGAAGAGAGAGAGAGAGAGAGAAGAAAUCACG